UUUUCCAGCUUCGCGCGCUGCGGUCACAUUAUCGAAGCAUUUUUCGUCAUUUUCCUGCGUAAUUUUUUCGUAUAAUUCGAUUAAAUAUAAAUAAAUAAACGCAAUUAUAAAUAUAUGAAACAGUAAAUCGAUAAUUGCACGAAUUGAAGGCGGUCAAACGAAUCAAACGAGAGCAGCGCAAAACAAGCCAAAUCGGAAAACAGUAUGAAAAUGGUGUUGUCGCAGCGGCAGCGCGAGGAGCUUAACCAAGCGAUUGCCGAUUACCUGGGCUCAAAUGGCUACGCCGACUCAUUGGAGACCUUCCGCAAGGAGGCCGAUCUCAGCACAGAAGCGGAAAAGAAGUUUGGCGGACUGCUGGAGAAGAAGUGGACGUCCGUCAUCCGGCUGCAGAAGAAGGUGAUGGAACUAGAGGCUAAGCUGACUGAAGCUGAGAAGGAGGUCAUCGAGGGAGCGCCCACAAAGAACAAACGGACGCCCGGCGAGUGGAUACCCCGGCCGCCAGAGAAAUUCUCCCUGACGGGUCAUCGGGCCAGCAUAACGAGGGUAAUAUUUCAUCCCAUUUUUGGUCUAAUGGUUUCCGCUUCCGAAGAUGCCACCAUUAAGAUUUGGGACUUUGAAACCGGCGAGUACGAGCGCAGUCUAAAGGGACACACAGACUCGGUGCAGGAUGUGGCCUUCGAUGCUCAGGGCAAGCUUUUGGCUUCCUGCAGCGCGGACUUGUCCAUCAAAUUGUGGGAUUUCCAGCAGAGCUACGAGUGUGUCAAAACCAUGCAUGGUCACGAUCACAAUGUUUCGUCGGUGGCCUUUGUGCCCGCCGGAGACUAUGUACUGUCCGCAUCGCGAGACCGCACCAUCAAAAUGUGGGAGGUGGCCACAGGUUAUUGUGUGAAAACCUACACAGGCCACAGAGAGUGGGUGCGAAUGGUACGAGUGCACAUCGAAGGCAGCAUCUUUGCCACAUGCUCAAAUGAUCAGACAAUACGUGUUUGGUUGACGAAUUCAAAAGACUGCAAGGUUGAAUUACGCGAUCAUGAGCAUACAGUGGAGUGCAUUGCCUGGGCGCCGGAAGCCGCAGCCUCGGCGAUAAACGAGGCAGCCGGGGCGGACAACAAGAAGGGCCACCACCAGGGCCCGUUCCUGGCCUCCGGCUCUCGCGACAAGACCAUUCGCAUUUGGGACGUGAGCGUCGGCCUGUGCCUGCUCACGCUGAGUGGCCAUGACAACUGGGUGCGUGGUCUGGCAUUCCAUCCGGGCGGCAAGUACCUGGUCUCGGCCAGCGAUGACAAGACCAUCCGGGUCUGGGAUUUGCGCAACAAGCGAUGCAUGAAGACGCUAUACGCGCAUCAGCAUUUCUGCACCUCCAUAGAUUUUCACAAAGCGCAUCCGUACGUUAUUAGCGGUAGCGUAGAUCAAACAGUUAAGGUCUGGGAAUGUCGUUAAAAUAGAGGAUAACUCAUCAAGGGUUCUGCUUACUUCUCAAUUUAAACAUAAAUAAAGCUAAUAUAUUAAAUCACAUACCCACACCACACACUCGAGCAGUCUCAGCCACCUCCGCGGAAGUUUAUUUUCCAGACGCUUUCUGUGUCAGCGUCCGAAAGCAAAAUGAACAUAAUUGUAUUUUAAAACUGAAUGAAACUGGCGAAAACGAAUUAUUUAUUUAUUUGUACGACCUUCUAACUAAACUAACUACCUACCUACCUACUAUAUACAAAGUACAUAUACAUUAAUGCCUAAAAAUAUACCUACCUACGAUUAUCGUUUAAAGUUAAAGCCCCUCCUUUGUAACCCAGCACAGGCUCGCUAAGCAAAACAGGCAUACGAACUUGAGUUUGUCCAAGAAUUCGAUGUGAAUGGAAAGUAUUUACAAUGGUAAAGCGUAAUUCAUUCGACAGUUGGCACAGAAAUGUUUUUCCAUCCACAAAAUGUACCCGAGCACACGCACUCACUCGAGAAAUUCAAUGACGUUGACGUGUUUAAGUGUUUGCAAACUAAGCAUAAUAAUAGCUAAAUUCGCUGAAGAAAUAUAUAAGCAAGAGAAAGUAUUUCAACAACUUAGAAAACUUGUACUCACAAAGAGAAGUUUGUUAUUGAGAAUUACUUGAAUACAUGCUUUUUACCAUAAUUGAGGUAGUUUUUACGAUACCAACAAUUUGCUUCUUUUUACCGUACUCACUUUGCCCAAGUCCUGUUUUGUGUUCUUUUUCGCGAAAGGAUCUUCAACAAAAACAAAUACCUUUCAAAUCGCUUACAAGUUUAAGUUGGCUUUAAGUUCAAAAUAUAAUUUACGUUUACGGUUUACAUAGUAGAAAAAUGCUGCAAACUUAUUUGUAAUUGUUUAUUUAAGAGCAACGGCAAAAAAAUAUACCUAUAUAUAAAUAUAAUAUAAAUAAUUAUUUGUGGAAAAGCAAAAAUCGUAUAGAUGUAUCAAAGAAAAAAAUCAGAAAAAUCCAGCAAUUAGAAGAACAGAAUUUUUGGAUUCAAAGAAAUCAGAUUAAUGGAAACAAUAAAAACUUGCUUCUUCAAGAAACC